AUGAGCCAGACAAGCGAGGCGCCUCUCUUCGUAGUGGAAGAGGUCAUCUGCGCCUACCCCAUCAGCACCUUCUACGACUCGUGUCCGCGAUAUCUCUUCUAUGCCCUCCUUUUAGCCACUUGUGUCACUCGUUGGACCGGCUGGCUCGCAGACGUCUUCCUGGGUGCGGCAGCAACAUAUGCCGGAACCGCCGCUAUCCAAGCCUUCAUUCUCGUUUCCAACCCGGCUAAACACAAUCCCUACGAGCUCAUAACAAUCCCCUUAGUCUCCGAUAACACCUCGCUAUGGAACAGCUUCCCAUCGCUAAUCACUGGGACCGAUCAAAUCGAACUGAGUCCAGCUGCACUUGAGCUAGACGCCGACGCCGUUCUCGCCAUAGUAGUAACAGCUUACCUCACCUUCCUUCCUCUUCAAUGUUGGUCCCGUGCUUUCUCCCAUGAAAGAGCUCGUUAUAUCCUUUUCGGCUUAUGGCACAUUCUCAUGCUUGCAGGGUCUAUCUGUGCCCUGAUAUAUUGGCCCACUCUCCGCGACACCCCUAUCCAAUACACCUUUUGCUACCCUGAUCUUCCACCCAUGGGCACCGUCUCUAGUGACGGAUGGGAGGCAUGGCAGCGUACCUCAACCUGGAACAACAGUGUCUGGGAAAUAUUCAGCAACAGCACCAUGUUUGACCAGUUACCAGGCGUCUGCUUUUAUCCCUGCUUCAACACGACGCAGAUCCUGCGCCAACAGACCACUCUUGAGGCGACUGUCGCCACGGGGGACUAUCGCGUUCACCAACGAAGCGAAUUCUGGGACGAAGUCGUCUACUCUAAACGCUACAUCUACAGUCUUAUAGUCCUUACUGUUAUCGUGAAUUUCUUCCUCUUAUUGUUCAAGAUCCUUCCGUAUCGAUCACGUCUUCCCUCAGCUCAAGUACGCAGCAUCUGGAUUGAGAGGAAGAACAUCUUCAACGGGUUAAGGAAGGACUUCCGCUCCGCAAUAUACGUGUCUCAACUUCAUCGAACCAAUUUGAUUGAUUCAACGAGGGAGAAGCUCUCUGUGUGGAGACCUACCGGGGGUCUCUUUACCUUACACGCCCUGGGAUCGUGGCUGAGGCUUCUUCUCGAUACUAUAAUACUGUGUGCGUUGGUGUUUAGCAUUAUCGUGAGCCCGCUGACGGUCAUCGCUUUCGUGGUGUGGAUUGAGUAUUAUAUCCACGAAGAUGGACCAUCACAGGAGACGCCGCAGCAAGUGGGACAGUGGUCUCCGUUGGUGUCUAUUGGGUUUUUGUUGAUUUCUGCGGCGAUAUUGAAGUUGAAGUAUUGGGUGGCUUCGAGGGAGGAACUGGAGGAGGAGAUCGGGCAUCUCCGAGGGAAGUUGAAACGGUUGGAGAGGCUUAGAGAGGAGAAGGUGUAUAAAUAG